AAGUUGCUGAAGACUGUCGCGGUAUACUUUACAACCAAUGUCCGCAAGUUUGUUCGUGAUGGAGGUGCUGUCCCUGUCAUUAUCAAAUGCAGUCCUUUUGAACUAAAUGGGAGGAUGUCGAAACGGAAGGAAAGUAUUAGCUCAAGUGCCAAAGAGGCGCUGCUUAAGUAUUUCCACCAUGAAUCCUUCAAGAGCGACCUGCAGAGAAGGGCUGUCGAGGCGGUUGUCGAAGGUAAUCAAGAUGUCUUUGUAUCCAUGCCUACUGGGUCUGGCAAAUCUCUCUGUUACCAGUUGCCAGCUGUUAUGGCAGACCGGAAAGUUGCAAUUGUUGUGUCACCUCUUAUUGCCCUGAUUAAAGAUCAGAUGGAACAUUUGCAAAAAUUACGCAUCACUGCAGAAUCGAUCAACUCCAAAAUGUCCUCUAAAGAACGAAAGAGAGUUCUGGCCGAUUUAUCUUGCAUGGCACCAACAACACGACUUUUAUACAUCACCCCUGAGCAGGCAUCAACAAAUUUUUUCAAGGACCUUCUUGACAGACUCUACAAAUACAGAAAGCUCUCAUAUUUUGUUGUGGAUGAAGCUCACUGUGUCAGUCAGUGGGGUCACGAUUUUCGUCCAGAUUUUCUCAAGUUGGGUUACUUGAGAAAAAGAAUUCCAGAUACUCCAUGGGUUGCUCUAACUGCUACAGCUACAUCUAAGGUGGUUGAUGAUAUUUUCCUGCAACUGAAACUUAAGAAUCCUGUUGCCAGAUUCAAAACAUCAUGUUUUCGACCUAAUUUGUUCUACGAUGUGAGGUUUAAAGAUGCUCUGGAUGAUCCAUUUGAAGAACUGAAAGAUUUUGUCACAAACUCUCUCGGAACUGGCUGGGAAGAAAAUAGAACGUCAAAAUCAGGUUGUGGGAUCAUUUAUUGUCGAACAAGAGCUGGAACCCUUGAGUUGGCAAGUCAAUUAACAAAGAAAGGAGUACCAACCCUAGCAUAUCAUGCAGGCUUGAAGGAUAGAGAGAGGUCAAAGGUCCAAGAAGAUUGGAUGGAUGGAAAGGUAGCAGUGAUUACAGCAACAGUUUCAUUUGGUAUGGGAGUUGACAAGGCCUCUGUCAGGUUUGUAGCACACUGGAGUGUUCCACAGUCAAUGGCUGGAUAUUACCAAGAAUCUGGUCGAGCUGGUCGUGAUGGGCUGUCCUCCAGAUGCAGAAUAUACUACAGCAAGUCAGAAAGAGACACCAUUUUCUUCCUCCUUAGACAGGAUGAAUCCAAAGCAAAGGCUUCUGGUAAAACACACAGGGAAGACCAGGCAAAAAAAGCCAUCAAGAGUUUUGAGAAUAUCGUCAAGUUUUGUGAAGUUCCUAUAUGCCGACACCUUUCGUUUGCCAGAUAUUUUGGUGAUGAAAAUCCAGACUGUAAGAAAAACUGUGAUUACUGCACUAAUCCGAACGGCGCAAACAAGCAGGUUGAACUCUGGAAUGAAUCCCUCAUACGUAAAACAGAGUACAGGUUUAGGUCGGUAGCCGUAUUUGAAAAUGCAGAUGAUGGAGACUUAUAUGGAGGUGGAAGGCGUGGUCAAAAAAGGGAACAGGCUGAAUAUGAACAGAGUAAUGAUGAUGAUGCUGUUCGUGAAUCAGAGAGGCAGGAGAAGAGAGAGCGCACUGCUUUGAUAAAGCAACAGUUUGCUUUGCGUCGUGGUCAGGGAGGAUCUUCAUCAUCAUCAUCAUCAUCAUCAUCAUCAUCAUCAUAUGCCAAGAGAUUAAAGGAACAAAAGGAAAAAGAGAAAUUAGAAAGAGAAGAAAAGGAUCGUGCUGAAAGAUCAAAGUUAACAAGUGCUGAAUUUACAAGUAAAAUCCCUGGAUUAAAUGUUUCGAAUCGUGAGAGGUACCUUCAGAUGCUAUCUCAGACACUAGAGAAGAAUUAUGAAGCUUGUAGGAGUGCAAACCAUGUUUCCAAUUGCUUAAAAGAGUCAGAUAUUGAGGAUGUUGCUGUGAAGAUGGAGUAUAGUGUAUUUACAUCCACCAGCGUCAUGAUGAUGUAUCGAAAAGGCAUCAUGGAUAUAGUCAUGAACAUUAGAAAGGAUACACAAGGAUUCAAUUAUCGCAGUGAGCUGGCUGAACACGAACCGCGGUUAAGUUUAAACCAGUUAGCCAAACAGAUUGAAGAAGAUAUAAGGAAUAAGAAGAAUAGCAGUGCAUCCAACUCUGGGUUUAAAACAGCAAGUCAGAUGUUGAAUGAAAAAGCCACAGGGCCAGAAAAAGCCUCAAAACAAACUCCAAAUCUCAGUUCGCGAAAAGGGUUUUCAUUGAAAAGAUCCCCCAACCAUCAGACAUCGUUGAAUAAUUACUUUCAAAAAGUCCCUAAAUCUGAUAAAGUGAAAGAGCACCAACUCUCUGAAAGUGAUUCUGAAAGGGAAGAUGUACAGGUUGAGAAGGAUAAUCAGGAAGAGGACGUAAAUGAGGCUGCCGAAACCGAGAUGAAAGACGAGAAGGUAUCUUGUGAGACUGAGGAAGAAACCCGAUCUGAUGAAGAGAAAGAUUUUUAUGACCCUGAUGAAAAUGAGGAAUUUGACCAAGAAGAAAUAAAUCUCUCGGACAUAGAAUUAUCUGGGGAUGAAUCAAAUCACACGGCUGGUUCAUCAGGAAAUUGUACUCCUGAAAAUAAAUUCAUAAAUAGACAGGAAGUUCCUUCCAAUGAAGAGGAUUCCAAAGAAAAGUUUGUGAAUGAUGAAUUGAAGUCCCCAAACAAGGAGGAUAAUGGAACAGAUAAGGGACUGGACACAUUAAAUGAUUUAGACGACAGUAAUAGUAAUGUGAUUUCUGACCAUUCGAAUGAGGAUUCUAGAGGAAGGUGCUCAGAAGGAGACAGACUUGGUCAGAUUUCAAGUUUGAAUGGAACCAAAGUGAAUAGUUUUGAGGUAGAAGCUCUCGAAACUGUUAACACUGUUAAAAGUAGUAGUAAUAUCAAUGGAAAGCAAGAUGUUGCUUCAAAUGAAGAGUCAGUGAUCAGGUGCACUAAAAGAGAGAGAAGUCCUUCUCCAGCUAUUCCGAAGAAGAGGCUUUCUAUAUUUGAGGAAGUACAUAUGUUUGCAACAUUGAAUGCUCUUAAAGAUGAAGGACAGAAAACUGGAGAAGAAUUUAGUAAUGAUGAAGAAAAUUCUUUGGAUAGCAAGGAAGUUAAAAUAUCGGGUGUUAUUGAAAGUGAUAGUCUGAAAGUCAGGCAUGAAGCUUUAUCAAAAAGUAGAAUGCUAGAGUUGAAGGAGGUUGAUUUAUCAGAGGAGGCAGAUGUCAAGGAAUAUAAGUUAUUUACAGAAGAAAAUAAAUCGGAACUGUCAACAGACACAAAACGUGACAAAUUGGAAAAGAAGCAAGAUAAACUAAAAUCCACAGAGAAUCAUGUUGAUGAUGUAGGAAGUGACUGUAACAUGUCAGACACCAAGCAUAGUAAAAGAAGAAGGAGAGAUUCAAUGGACAAUGUAAAGAAAAAGCCUGCUCUACUCCAGGAAGUAGAUUUAUUCAGUAGUGCAAGUUGUGAUUCAGAUGCUCAAUUAGUUGACUUGUAUAAGGACAAAGAAAGUAAAAGCAGGAAGAAAAGGAAAGUCAGUGAGUCCAGUGGUACGGAGAAGGGUGGGAGCCAUGAAAAAUACAGAGACAGGGGCAAGUCUAGUGAUACGCCUCAAAAAGAAAAUGAAAAGUUUAGUCACCAUGGAAAGCAGCCUGAGAGGAUAAGUAAAGAUAUAAAAUCACCAAAGAAUUUAAAUGUUUCAAGUACCUGUUUGAAGGAAAUAGAUUUGUUUGAUACUGUAAAUAGUGAUGAUGAAAGUAACAUUGUUAGAGAUGGAAAGACUGAAAGACAAAUUUCAAAAGUCCUCAAAGAUAAACAUUACUCGCGUGAAUUUAGUGAUAGCAACAGGACAGACUCAGAAGUGGUAUCAGAUGUAGAUGAGAAAUCAGAUAGUUUCAGUGAGAUUGACACUUUUUAUGAGUUGUCAUGUAAGUCAAAAAAGGAAAUCCUGCAUAAGGAAAUUGAACCUGUUAGCAGUAGACAUUCAGACUUUACAAAACACAAGGAGACAGAUGUAAGAAAACAAAACUAUAAUAAGUACAAGCAUAAAAGGAAAGAGGACCAUGUGAAUGUAGAGAAAAGGAAUAAUUUUAGAGAAAUUGAUAUGUUUAAUGUCCCAGAAAAUGAUAGUGAAACUAUGAAUAGUGAAAAGAUUGUUGCAAAAAACGUAAAAAUGGUAAGAAAAGUGGAAGCUAAAAGCUCAGCCAAGAAGGAAUAUUUUGAUGUCAGUACAACUGAUGAUGAAAGCAAUAGAAAUGCAGUGAACUUCAGCAAACCGAAUCUAAAGUCUCCGAAUGAUAAACUUAAAAAUCCUGUAAGUAAACAAAACAGAACAGGUCUGGUGAAAAAAUACACAAAAAGUGUUAUCAAAGAAAUAGAUUUGUUUGCAGUACAAGCCAGUGAUGAUGAUGAUGAUGAUAAUGAUGAGUCUCGAGGAACUAAGAGGAAAAACACAGGAAAUGCCAAAAGUAACAGUGGAAAGGACUCUAAAAGGAAAACUGAAAAGGAUGAUUUAGAUCUAGGUCUGUUUGGUAGUGACAAUGAGCACGAGUUAACCUCAAAGAAGAGUAAAGUAUUUAAAGAUUUUGAUGUGAAAACAAAUAAGAAAAAUAAUCCAAAACAAAUAGAUGGUUUUAAUGUUUGUGAAAGGAAAGCUGGAAAAGAUUUGGACAAGUGCCUUAUUGAUAGUGACUGUGAAAGUGGUACAGACAAAAAGGCAGACAUGGACCAUAGAUUAAAUCAGAUUUGUAAAAGUAACAGUGAGAAACUUAAAAGUAAUAGGCAUACAGGUCAAUAUGUGAAGGAGCCAAAACAUGAAAAACCAAAUAUGGAUCUUGCAGGUUCAGGGAAAAAAUCAAAAUGUGAUAAAGGUAAAGAGUUUCCUGAAAGGACAGACAAAAAUUUAUUACAUGAAAUAAAUAUGUUUGAUGUUCAUAACAGUGAUGAUGAAGAUUGUGGAACCAAUGAAAAGAAAAGUACAAGUCGUGAAAAGAGUAGUAAAAUCAGAGAGAACAGAGGAGAAAUUAAAAUGCAAGAUAGUGACUGUGAAAGUGAUGUAGAAGUGAAUAAAAGUAAACAAUACUGUAGUGAAAAUAGAAGUAAACAUAAAAGAGCAGUUCCAGAAUUCAAUACAAAAUAUACUGGAACCCCACAUUCUGAAAGAUCAAAGCAUAUAGAAGGUAAUGAAACCCAUUUACAAAGGAAAACUGAGGAUUUGCAGAGGACACCCAAAACAAAAGGUGUCUUGCAUGGAUUUGAUAUGUUUUCCACAACUAAUUGUAAUUCUGAUAAUGACAAAGAUACUGAAAAGGAGGAUAUAGGUAAGAGUAAAGGACAUCUCAAUGAUAAACAGAACAGUGACAGUGGAGGAAAAAGACCAUGCAGUUCUCGUGAUAGGAAGUGUUCUACAGACAUCAAGAAUAACCACAGUGAAGAAGAAAGAAGAAUUUCUUAUAGUAGUGGUAGUGCUGAAAGUAAACUUCCACCUAAGGUUGAUACAGAUGAGGAUAACAGGUUGAAGGCACUAAAAGAGAGGGCUGCCCAGAUGAGAAACAAUUUCUCUCUUCACGUGAAGAAACCUAAUGAAGUGUUACAAGCAGAUGAUAAAUCAAACAAAGAGAGUACUUCAGACCAGAAGAGCAGUUAUAUGAAACCUCACUCAAAAGAGACACUGUUUCAUUCCAGACAUGACGGAAGUUCUCGUAGAGAGAAGGAUCACAGUCGUAUUAAACCUGAUAAGACACCAAGGAAAGAUCAGGAGAGGUCAGAAAAGGAUCAGUCAAGGAAUCAAGGAGACAAUAAAAGGAAUAAAGAUAACCUUGAUGUAGGUAGAACUGAGAAAGGUAAAGAUAGACCUCACAGUGAUGAUAAAAGAAACUAUAGAGAGCAUGGUAAGCAUUCAAGAGACUUUUUCCAAGAUUCCGAUAGGCAUAGCAGAGACUCGGAACAGUACAAAAGAGAAACGACCAAAUCACACCAAACCCCUAGGAAGGAACAUGGAGGUCAAGAGAGUUCAACUAAAUCUCAUGAGAGGAAAAAGAGUAAUGACCGUGAUAAUGGGAAGGAUAUGAAGUCAGCUCGUAGUAAAGAUUUAAAUCACCCUACAUUGGAAUUUAAUAAAUCUGAUAAAGAUCACCAUAGGUCUAGGUCUAGAGAGACUGUUACAUCAACAAAAGGUUCAACUGAUGCCUCUAGAGAUUCCCACAAGUUUGGAAAAGAAUCCAGUGAAUGUAGUAGAGCCCAUAGUAGAUACUCGGAAACCUCAAGGAAGAUUUUUGAAAAACUUCAACAGUCAAGUCAUAAAUUUUUUGAUCAAGGAGAGUUUGAUUGCAUAGAAAACACAUUGGAGGUUAACAAUAAAGAAAUGCCAAAGUUCAUAGUAAAAAAAAUAGACCAUGGCUUGGGCAAACAAGGAAAUUCAGGAAAUAAGAAAAAGAAUGAAAGCACUGAUAGCAGUAAAGAAAGCAAACUCAGUGAAUCUGCCUCACCAGAUAUUACUAAAAAGCAGCAUAAAACAGAGAGGUUAGAUCAGAAUAAAACAGAAAAGUCAGAUUCUAAAUCGAGGGAUCAUGUUAGUGGGGGCCGCCCAGGUAGUGCCAAAGAGUCAUCAUCAGUUCAAGAGAAUAAUGAUGGAUCUGACACGGGACCCAGCAAAAGUCGACAUUCGGUUGAGAAAAGGAAGCUAGCAGACUGGGUUGUUAAAUAUCUUAUGCCAUAUUAUAAAAAGAAUUGUAUCAGCAGUAAAGAUCUCUUCAAGACUCUAGCUCGGCAAAUAUCACAUCAGAUUGUGCAGAAGAUUAGUGAUGUAGAUGAGGCCGGAGCACAGCAGUUUGUUGAAGAGUUUUUCCUCAGAGUGAAGAAAAUUUCCAGUGAAGAUGAUAUUGUUUUCGUGUAACAAACUCAAUAAUUUAAAAUUCCUAUAUUUUGUUGUGGGUGUUCGUCAGUGAAUUUGUGACUUGAAAAUUUCGGGAAAACAUCAUGGCUUAGUGGUUGUUUUGAAAAUGUCAGUAACACUUCAUGGGUCAGUAUGUUCUACUUUGUUAUGUCUCAUCCAUUCCCUUUGGUCUCUUCCUACUUAGCUGUCCAACUUCAUAAACUUUACCUUGUUUCAAGCUUUUUGGUGAGCAUGGUCUGACUCAAGAAAUAUAGUGCAGUGGUCUUUUGAAAUUUAUUUCUAAUGCUAAUUUAUAAAAUUGCAUAAUCACAUCAGUUAAUAAAAUGGUGAUACAAAUCUCAAUAUAGGUGAUAUAUUUAAAAAUACAAUGUAGAGUAUUUUUAAAUGUAUAUUUUACACCUGCAACAUUGUAGAUUUUAUUUCACCAAUAAUAAUACUUAUACUAAUCGUUAUUGAGAGAGGCACCAGUUGAGUUGUAAUUUAGCACUCCCAGAAUAGAUACUGUAAUCAAUGGUAAGAAGUUCAGUGACAUGUUUAUAGGCGUAAACAAAGUGAAGUGUGUGAUUUGAUGUGGCAAAAAUGCACAGCAUCCUUUGUGUACAGUUUUCUUAUGAUUGUAAAGGUAUUAUGUAUAUUAUUAUACUUUGCAAUGCACAAGAAUGGAGAAUUUGCCCUGGUUUUUUGUAUGUAAUACUGUAAGGUACUGUUAAAUUAGUAGGAGUAUGAUAAUACCAAAGUUAAAAAAUGAGGAGACUAAAGGAACUAAUUUUUCUCAUUAUUUCAAGCUUAAAAGAUGGUUUUGGGCUAUGACAUAUUGUAAGCUCCUAUAGGAAUACAAAAUUCUUAAACUGUUCCUUCAAAAGGAUUACCUGUGUUUAAGGCUUAAAAUAUAGGCUCUGCUUGAGGUAGAAUAUUUUUAUUUUAUUAUAUAGGACUAGCCAGUUUUCUAAAUACAUUAUGUAAAUAUUGUAGGACAAUAUUUAGAUUACUUUGUUAAAAGUUUGCCAAUCAAUUAGCUGUGGCAUUUUUAAAUUUUUGACAUUGUUAGUUUUAAGGAACUUUGAGAUUAUUAUGCUAAAUUAUGACAAUAGAAUUGUUAUAAUCCUUGAAAUUACUAGUAAUUAUCCUUGAUUGUGGACCAUUGUUUGUUUACUCAUGAGGGCAGUACGAUGAAUGCUGAUGAUGUUUGCUCAUAAAGACAAUCCGUCUGUGUAAGCCAAAGAAUUGGCAUAAGUUUUGGGCAUUUUUGGUAAAACCCCAUCACCUGGCCUCAAGAUUUAACCAAAACUUAACAUUUAAAAUUUGUUUGUAUCACUCUACACUUUAUUGAACAUAUGCAGUUGUAAAUCUCAAGAUUUUUAAUUU